GCGAUUGGUGCUGCCUGGCGGCGCGCGCGGGGAACGCCGGGACGUCGGUGCGGUAGGACAAGCGGGAGGAGCGGCGGGCGGGAGGCUGCAGGAUGGUGAAGCUGACGGCGGAGCUGAUCGAGCAGGCGGCGCAGUACACCAACGCGGUGCGGGACCGAGAGCUGGACCUGCGGGGGUAUAAAAUUCCUGUCAUUGAAAAUCUCGGUGCCACCUUAGACCAAUUUGAUGCCAUUGAUUUUUCCGACAAUGAAAUCAGGAAACUGGAUGGUUUUCCUUUGUUGAGAAGACUGAAAACGUUAUUAGUGAACAACAAUAGAAUAUGCCGUAUAGGUGAGGGGCUUGAUCAGGCUCUGCCCUGUCUGACAGAACUCAUUCUCACCAAUAACAGUCUUGUGGAACUGGGUGAUCUGGACCCUCUGGCAUCUCUGAAGUCACUGACUUAUCUGAGUAUUCUAAGGAACCCUGUAACCAAUAAGAAGCAUUACAGACUCUAUGUGAUUUAUAAAGUUCCACAAGUCAGAGUACUGGAUUUCCAGAAAGUGAAACUAAAAGAGCGUCAGGAAGCAGAGAAAAUGUUCAAGGGCAAACGGGGUGCACAGCUUGCAAAGGAUAUUGCCAGGAGAAGCAAAACUUUCAAUCCAGGUGCUGGUUUGCCGACUGACAAAAAGAAAGGUGGGCCGUCCCCAGGGGAUGUGGAAGCCAUCAAGAACGCUAUAGCAAAUGCGUCAACUUUGGCUGAAGUGGAGCGGCUGAAGGGCUUGCUGCAGUCCGGUCAGAUACCUGGCAGAGAACGCAGAGCAGGCCCCACUGAUGAUGGUGAAGAGGAGAUGGAAGAAGACACUGUUGCCAAUGGGUCCUGAGCAGGGCGGCCUCAGUGCCUCAGGACGUGUGACAGUCCACCUUGGACAGGGCCUGCCUUGUUUGUGUCAGCAAAGUAGAGUUGAUCAACAUUGCUGAAAUGCUCAAAACUGCUGCUUGUAAUUUUGUAAUACAGAUUUUGAAAUCUAAAACCCAGUUUUCUACCAAUAGUACAAAUAAAGGACACUCGCUGUGCUGCGGGUUGUGCGUCACUGGGGCGUGUGCAAUGAGGUAUGGAUAUGGGGAGUUGGAAAUGCAGCAGGGUGGCUCUGUGGGCGGGCUUCCCAGUCCUCAUGAAAUGUUUAGGUUUUUAAAUUCAUAAUAAAACUUAGAUUAUCUGUGUGCUGCUA